GCUGCAGUUCUCUUCCGGGUCUCGCAGAGCUGCUUCCGCCUCGCUGGCACUGCCCCAUGGCACUGCCGCUGCUAGUCGUGGCGGCCGCGGCGCUGGGCCUUCUGGCGACCGCCGCCCUCAGCUUGGUGUGUAUCACUGCCCAUGUAACUGCCACAAAAAUGCCAAGCUUUCAACGACAUGAAGAGGAGAAGUUCUUUGUGAAUGCUGAAGGCAAGAAGGACUCUGUACCAAGCAUACAUGACCCACCUACAAAGGAGCUCUCUGUUGUUGUGCCUUCAUACAACGAGGAAGACCGGUUACCUCUUAUGAUGGAUGAAGCAUUAGACUAUCUGGAAAAAAGACAGGAACAGGAUCCUUCAUUCACUUAUGAAGUAAUAGUGGUUGAUGAUGGUAGCAAAGAUCAAACCACAAAGGUCGCACUGAGGUACUGCAAGAAAUAUGGGAGUGAUAAAGUGCGAGUUCUUACAUUAGUAAAAAAUCGUGGGAAAGGUGGAGCUGUCAGGAUGGGCGUCUUCAGUUCUCGAGGGAAAAAAAUUCUUAUGGCUGAUGCAGAUGGAGCCACAAAAUUUGCAGAUAUUGAGAAAGUAGAAGAGGGCCUUAGUAAUCUCCAGCCAUGGCCAGACCAAAUGGCUAUAUCUUGUGGCUCUCGUGCUCAUUUGGAAAAGGACUCAAUAGCACAGCGCUCUUAUUUCCGAACUCUUCUAAUGUAUGGGUUCCACUUCCUCGUAUGGUUCCUUUGUGUCAAAGACAUCCGGGACACACAGUGUGGAUUUAAACUGCUAACCAGAGAAGCUGCCUCACAGACCUUCUCAGUUCUUCAUAUAGACCGCUGGGCAUUUGAUGUGGAACUUCUUUACAUUGCUCAGCGCUUGAAAAUACCUAUAGCAGAAGUUGCUGUCAACUGGACUGAAAUUGAAGGUUCUAAGCUGGUUCCCUUUUGGAGCUGGCUGCAGAUGGGCAGGGAUCUUCUUUUUAUACGACUACGGUAUUUGACUGGUGCCUGGCAGCUUGAAACAAGGAAAUAUAAUUAAGUUAUAUACAUUCUCCAAAUGCAUUAUAAUGCGUAAUGGAACGUGAAAGUGGUUUCAAUGAAGUGAAAUGUUGAGGAAAGCUGAGGUAACUCUUAUGUACUGCAUUUUUAUAAUAUUUUAUAACAUUGCCAACGCUAGCAAGUUUCUGAGCUGUUCUGAAAGAAAGGACGUCUUCAAAAAGAAGAGUUUUUGCAUUUUGGCAUCAGUUGCCUUUUAUUAGCAGCUUUAAAUUUCUUAUGUUAACUCACCCAAAUAAAGAGACAAUCAUCUCAUUGUACAUGUAGAAUUCCUAUUACUGCAAUGGAAUUGCACACACAUUGAAAGGACCAUAUCUUAUGAAGUGCAAUGUUCUAUCAUGUCUGUUUUGGAUGACCAAAGCCAAAUAUUUCUGUUGUAGCUGAAAAUACAUAGAUGAGUGCCAACAGGGAACAGAUAAGAAUGAUAUUAUAUGUAUUUAGUUUAAUCAUGGUUGCUACUAUAAAAGUAAUGCGCUUAAAGCAGUUUCAAAAACUAUUGACAACCUUCUGACAUUCCAUUUGUUCUUGUCUGCAAUAUAAAUAGUUUGUCCGAGCUCUUAGUUCAUAUUGUCUCCACUGACUGUAGAAGUCCCAAAAGAAAGCAUGAUUCAUUUUAAAAUGUUGUCUCAUUCAUUUGAUUUGUCCUUUCAGACAGAUACUGUGAGUACUGAAACUUCCACCUGUGGUAGCAAGGAUAGGGAAAAGUAGUUUUGGGUGUAAAAGAAUGAUAUCUAGGGUUAGAGAGGACUGUACAUUGUGUGGUCACCUUUUUGUUAUGAAUUUCCAACUAGGUUUAUAAAGACCUUUUAGAGGUAGGUUUUCUACUGAUAAAAUGCCUUAACCUCUCUUGGAACAUAACUUUAAAGUGGAGCUGCCAAACAUAUUCAUUUGAAAAUUGUAGUAAUUUCUCUACUUUGGAAAAAUCUAUUGAGCAUAAACUUGUUUAAAGCAAAGAAAAUGGGAGUACAUAAUUAUACCCACAACUAUUUUUAAGCUAGACUCUGUCUUUUCUCCCUUUAUAAAGUGUUAUACUAUUUGGUGGUUCUGUUUCUGUUAGAGUUACCUCAGUUUUCUGUAUGGUGAAGCAGAAAUUAAAUGAAUUCUUAAUAAAUGCAUUCAGUUUUA